AUGGCUCUGAUGCCGAGGGGCCGCCGUAUUCGAAGCUUGUUUGCCCUGCUGCUCCUGCUUUUCGCGAUUCUGGGACCGAGUUGGGCAUGGCUGGGUUUGACACGUCGACUGCUACUGGCCUCUGCGUUCCUUCCCCAGUCAUCUAGGGCUGACGCUGCAGCUGUGGCGGGUUCCAACACGGUUCCCGGACCACCACGGGUCAUGCAGUCUCAGAUCAAGUUUCCGGACUUCAUCCGCAUGGAAGGUCCCACGGGCGAUUUCAGCAUCAAUAUUCCGACAGCAUGGAGGGCAGAGUUUGAGAACAUUCCUGGUCGGCUGGUUUAUGCCGUGGAGAAUGCAGCAGGCUUCAACAGCGCAACACUUCAAGUCGCCCGCCUUGAGCUCUCCAAGCUUCUGGCAGCUGCUGGAACUGCUGAAUCUAAGAGUAAAACCAGUAAUUGGCGGGAUGUCGUUGUUGCUAACAUCACUGAAGCAACCGUUGCACAGAUCCUCAUGGCUGUUGCGCAGCAAGGUCUCAGUACUGAGCCGUUGGACAGCUUUGCAAAGACAAUUGUUCUCAAUACGGAGAUUGAGGCACCAGAACCCAACGCAGAUGCAUCGUCGCUUCUCUGGCAGGCGAAGGCAGUUGUCGACGAUUUCCGCGGAAGUCGGAUCAUUAGCGGCAGGGCCUUGCUGAGACAGGGCGUGGUGGUGUUCGCGGUGGCGACCGGCUCGGAGCGUUUCGGGGCGGUGUCCAGCACCAUAAGCACCAGUGGUUUCGGCUGGGAGUACAACAAUCGCCUUGUUGGCAGCUUGCGACUGAGGCGUCGCUGA